AUGGGUCUCAUCCCUGGCCUCGUUGUCUCUAUCGAUCUCACAAGUUUCUUUGGUAUAGGCAAGGGCUCAUCUGUGAAUGACUCCCUUAACUUUCUUCCUCUUCUCCUUUCCCAGUCCGGUCAAGAAGUGAAGCUAAUAAAGUGUCUUGUGGAAAAUAUUGUGGUAGACAUAUCUUUUAACCAGCUUGGUGGGUUGUGCACCCUUUGCUUUCUUGAGGAGGUAGAUCAUUUGAUAAACAAGAAGCAUUUGUUCAAGCGUAGCAUUAUAUUGAUCAAGGCCUGGUGCUAUUAUGAGAGUCGUGUACUGGGUGCUCACCAUGGACUUAUAUCCACUUAUGCCCUGGAGACCUUAGUUCUUUACAUAUUUCAUGUUUUUAACAAUUCUUUUGCCGGACCACUUGAGGUCCUUUACCGUUUUCUGGAGUUCUUUAGUAACUUCGACUGGGACAAUUUUUGUGUGAGUCUGUGGGGUCCUGUUCCCAUUAGUUCACUUCCGGAUAUAAUUGCAGAACCUCCCCACAAGGACAGUGGCGAAUUGUUGCUUAGCAAAUCAUUUCUUGAUUCUUGUAGCUCUGUAUAUGCUGUUCUCCCAGGAGGCCAGGAGAAACAGGGACAACCUUUUGUUUCGAAGCACUUUAAUGUCAUCGAUCCUUUACGUGUCAACAACAAUCUUGGUCGCAGUGUCAGUAAAGGUAAUUUUUUUAGAAUACGCAGCGCAUUUGCUUUUGGGGCUAAAAGACUUUCAGGAUUACUUGACCGUUCCAAAGAAAACUUGGAUUUUGAAGUAAAUCAGUUCUUCAUGAAUACAUGGGAUAGGUAUGGCAGUGGCCAGCGUCCUGAUGUCCCGAGAACUGAAUUGUGUCUUCCAAGAUUGUCAACUCCUGAUCACCUUCUUGUGUCUGGGAAUCCUAAGAACAAUUCAAGUGGCAAAAGAAUGAACAGCAAUUCCUCUGGUUGCGAGAAAGAGAUUGAGGGUACUCGCCCACGUGCCAUAUCCUCCCAACAUAGUAAUUAUCCCUCAGAAAGAAUAUCUAGAACCAGCCUUGUUUCUACUGCUUCUCAACCUCAGACCCAAAAGAAUCACAGCAACUUGAACAGCUCAAGGAUGUCUGAUCAGAUCGCGUGGGAAUGUAGUUCUAAUGAGGUUGCAAAUACUGAUAAAGGUCGGAGAAAUUCAAAACCUGAUCCCUUGAUGAAUGACAUCCAGGGAAGGUUCUUCUUUGCUAGAACGCACUCUAGUCCUGAGCUCACCGACGCUUAUGGUGAUGCAUCUUUCCAUGGAAGGCGUAACAGAAAACCAGAAAGUGGGAAAAACCAGGCUACUUCUGCAAGAUUGGGUAGUAACAGGAGGAAGUACAUCGGGUCUGAAAUUUCAGGUCAAUUAUCAAAUGAUGAUCCUUCAUCUGCCUGGCAUGUUCCAUCUCAUCAAAGUCAUGAUGCUGUUUCUGCUGACUUAAACAGUGGUUCGAAUAAUUAUCACUGUGAUUCUGGUCUUGGCGCCAUGAGUGAACAAAUAUCAUCCACCAUUGGGACACAGGAGAUGCAUCAGGAAGAGCAAGAUCUUGUGAACAUGAUGGCAUCAUCAUCAGCUCACGGUUUCAAUGGUCAGGUUCCUGUGCCACUGAAUUUAACUUCAGGUCACCUGCCUAUUCCAAUCUCUCCUUCCAUCCUAGCUUCUAUGGGGUAUGCUCAGAGAAAUAUGCCUGGAAUGAUUCCUACAAAUCUUCCAUUGAUUGAUCCUUCUUUUUCGCAAAUGCAAUUUCCUCAUGGUUUGGUAUCUGCACCAUUGACUCAUUAUUUCCCGGGCAUCAGAUUUGCCUCAAAUUCGGAAGAUUCAAUUGAGCCUCUUAAUGAGAAUUUUAGUUCUAUACAAAUGAACUCAGGGGAUGCUGAUCAUGAUAUCUGGCCAGAGCAGGAUGUGGAUUCUACUGGAGGCUUUGAGCUGGAUAAUGGAAAUUUUGAAAUGCUUCAGGCAGAUGAUAAGCAGCCGUCAACUUCAGCAGGUUUCAACUUUGUUCCCCCUUCUCGGCUAAGUGGCUCUGCCAGUUCUGCAGGAGUUCAAUUGAAAUAUACCAAGGAAAAACGAGGGUCAACGCGGGAAGAUCUUCAAGAUAAUUUCCAGUAUCAAGAUAACAGAGUAAAUGAGGUGUACCCUGAUGACCGAACGACAAGUUCAAGGCACUCUUCUGCUGCUCAUAGUGGUUCUUAUAGAAGUAAAACCUCUUCUGAGAGUUCCUGGGAUGGGUCUUCUGCGAAGGUCUCAAAGUCAACAAAGGAAAAACGGGGAAAGAAAACAGUUCCUGCAGAGCCCUCUUCUGGAUACGGGAAAGGGAAAAUUAUGUUUGAACAUGUUUCUACUCAGGCCGAGGAGGAUGAUCUGGAGUGGAAUCCACUGUCAAACAUGGGCACUGAAAUGGUGGAAAGAAGCUCAGGACCUCAGCUUGCUGAUUUACAUGUUCCAAAGGAUCAUAUACCUGACUGUGAAUCCCAGACAAGCGGAUCAGAUUCAAUGAUAUCCAUUGCUCCCAUGCUCUUAGGACCUGGUUCUAGACAAAGAACGAUGGACAAUUCUGGCUAUGUUGCAUUUUAUCCUACUGGCCCACCUGUUCCGUUCCUUACAAUGCUUCCAGUUUAUAAUAUUCCUCCUGAGACUGGAACUUCCGAUGCAGUGGCUAGCAAUUUUGGUGGGGAGGAGGAUUUUGGCCACAAUGAUUCUGGUCAGAACUUUGAUUCCUCUGAGGUACUUCACCAGUCUGGGGAAUUAAGUACUUCAAAUUCUUUGGGAGGGGCUGCUUCUACUGAGACAUCGGAUGUGAGCAAGUCUGACAUACUUAACAGUGACUUUGCUAGCCACUGGCAAAAUUUGCAAUUUGGACGGUUUUGCCAAAAUCCACGAUACCAUGGACCUCUGGUUUAUCCUUCAUCUGCCAUGGUACCACCUACAUAUCUGCAGGGCCGAUCCCCAUGGGAUGGUCCCGGAAGUCCUGUUUCAGCCAACAUCAAUCUCGUCACUCAGCUUAUGAGUUAUGGCCCUCAUCUUUUUCCCGUGGCUCCUCUCCAGUCUGUUUCUAACAGACCUCCGAAUGUUUAUCAGCGCUAUGCUGAUGAAAUGCCUAGAUACCGUAGUGGGACUGGGACUUACCUGCCAAAUCCUAAGGUUUCUCCUAGAGAUCGGCAUUCUUCAGGUAUCAGAAGGGGGAAUUACAAUUAUGAUAGAAGUGACAACCAUAACGACAGAGAGGGGAACUGGAAUACAUAUUCUAGAUCACGAGCUGGUGGGCGGAGCCACAGUCGCAGCCAAACAGAAAAGUCAGGUUCAAGGAUGGACCGGCCUGCUACCAGUGAGAGCCGAGCAGAAAAGUCAUGGAGCUCAUACAGACAUGACUUGCUCCCUUCAUACCAAUCGCAAAAUGGCACAUUGCGCACUAACUCUAGCCAGAGUGGUGCUCCCAAUGUGGCGUAUGGCAUGUAUCCUUUACCAGCCAUGAACCCCAAUGGGGUAUCAUCAAAGGGACCUGCUGUUCCAUCUGUUGUGAUGCUAUAUCCAUUCGACCAUAAUACCAAUUAUGGGUCGCAUGCUGAACAGCUUGAGUUUGGGUCUCUAGGCCCAGUGGGUUCCUCAGCAAUGAGUGAACAAUCACAGCCGGGUGAGGGAAGUGGAGUUAUGGGAGUGUUUGAGGAACAAAGAUUUCGCAGGGGCUCUCUGCAACAGUCUUCAUCAGAUCAGCCAUCUUCACCCCAUCAUCUAAGGAGGGAUUGAUUAUUUUGCCAGACCAGUGGCCCGAAGGAAUUAGUGGUUGAAAGAUUUCCAGCAUCUUGCACUUCCCAACCAGGUAGAAAAAUGAUGAUGGGAGAAACCUUGAUAAUAAACCAUCCCAUUAUCGGCUUUCCUAUUCUCACCUCACACUUAGAAUGAAAGAUCCGAGUUUCUGAUGCAAUAUUGUCAUUAAAUUUCGCUCAUGAAAUGGUCACCCCAUACUCCAUAGCUUUAGUUCCUGUAUGUAAACCACCAAGUCAGGCUUCUAACCUACCGCCCUCUUCAAGUCUAUGGAAGCAUGGCGAGAAGGGGAAAGCAGAACACAUAGAUAUUUCUUUCCAUCCCUUUUUAACUCGUAGUGUUUGACACCCUGUAAUUCCAUUGAAAGUAUAUACUGUGCCGAGAGUCAGGAUUCAGAGUAUUUCCUUAUAAAUGUGUUCCUAUCAGGAUUUUAUUUAAUAGAUUAUUAGGGCUUUGAUUCAUAUACUCACUUUGUACCGGUUACUUUGACAAUCUAGCAGUAUGAUAGGCAAUUACAAAAUUAGAUGACUGUUUUUAUAUUUAUCGUUGAAAAUUGUUGCACCUUAUUUUUGG